GUUGGAAAAGGCGAAAUGCGGAAGGUUCCCGUGCCGGCCAACAGGUACACGCCGUUAAAAGAGAACUGGAUGAAAAUAUACACGCCGAUCGUGGAGCACUUGCAACUUCAAAUCAGGUUUAACUUGAAAACGAGGAACGUGGAAAUCAGGACUUGUCAGGAGACAAAGGAUCUCGGUGCUCUAACAAAAGCAGCUGAUUUUGUGAAAGCAUUUAUCCUUGGGUUUCAAGUAGAGGAUGCUCUUGCUCUCAUCAGAUUAGAUGAUCUUUUUCUAGAGUCGUUUGAAGUUACAGACGUCAAACCUUUGAAAGGUGAUCAUCUGUCAAGAGCAAUAGGGAGGAUAGCAGGGAAAGGUGGAAAAACGAAAUUCACUAUAGAAAAUGUAACCAGGACACGAAUCGUUCUCGCCGAUGCAAAAAUUCAUAUUUUGGGAUCUUUUCAGAACAUUAAAAUGGCACGAACAGCAAUUUGCAAUCUAAUUUUAGGAAGUCCUCCAUCAAAAGUUUAUGGCAAUAUUAGGGCAGUGGCCAGCAGAGCAGCUGAAAGGUUCUGAGCUGCAGCACAGCUGCACCACCAAGGACUGGAGCUG